AUGUCAUGCGUCUGUCUNACCACUACUACACCCACCACCACUACUACACCCACCACCACUACUACACUCACCACCACUACUACACCCACCACCACUACUACACCCACCGCCACUACCACACCCACCGCCACUACUACACCCACCACCAUCACUACUACAUCCACCACCACCAAUACUACACCCACCACCACUACCACACCUAUAUUAACCAUUUUAUCCACCUGCACCAUACCUACCACACCCACCACCACUACUACACCCACCACCACUACACCAGUCCCUCCAUUGCAAGCAAACGUGACUGGCACCUGCCAAGUGACCGUAAACGAAUUUUACUUCAACGUUACGAGCCCCAACUAUCCUGCCGACCAUCCGCCCAGUUCCUACUGCCUCAUCAAGUUCUCAUCGCUGGAGCCCAGAUACCUCCGAGUGAUGCCCGAGACUCCAUACAUCGGUUGGUUCGAUUCGAUGACUGUCAGCGGAGUCUACAAACAGAAGCAGCAAAUCACUGGCGACAGCAGCUACAAAGAAAUUUACUUCCCAAGUGCCGAUGUGACGUUUGAGUACAAAGCCUUCUGGCUGUUCAACAAACGCUCAUUUUCAGUCAUCUUUGAGGUCUACUCCAAUGAUUGCUACAAG